AUGUCAAGCAUCGUGGCCCCCAUCAGGUGGUUUUACCACGAAUUUGGCAUUGCUGCUAUUCACGAGACCGGCAGAAAUGCUUGGCUCAUAAUCCUGGCCCGAGCUUGCCGAAUGUUCGCCUAUGGAACGAAUUCGCUGAUCUUGGCUAUUUUCUUUUCGGCCCUUGACUUUUCUGAUCACCAGAUCGGGUUGUUUAUGACCCUAACGCUUCUGGGAGAUGUUUUUCUCGGGACGUUCCUCACUCUUGUCGCCGAUAAGCUUGGCAGGCGCAAGGUGCUGAUGGCAGGCUCAUUCCUCAUGGUAGUGAGCGGUGUCGUAUUUGCCGUCUUUGAGGAUUUCUGGAUCCUCCUUCUGGCCGCAAUCGUGGGAGUUAUCAGCGUCACUGGUGGUGAUUUCGGACCGUUCAGGAGUAUCGAAGAGUCCAUACUGUCUCAACUCACCACGCCGUCCACGCGAUCAGAUGUAUUGGCCUGGUACGUCACAACGUCAACUCUUGGCUCCUCGAUAGGGAGCGAGGCAUCAGGGCGCAUUAUCCGCUAUUUAGAAGAAAGAGACGGCUGGACCACAGUCGAUGCGUACCAUGCUCUCUUCUGGGUUUACGGUAUCAUGGGCAUCGUGAAUGCUUGUUUGGUUCUCCUUUUGACCGACAGCUGUGAAAUGGAAGACAAGAAGGAAGCAUACUCACAGCUGCCUCAAUCUGAGGACCAGAGCAUCGCACCUCCUGAAGCAUCGAUAACUCCCACGCCUGAACCACUUUCACCAAACCGGAACCGCUUCAUGAGAUGGGCGACCUGGCUUUCCUCGCAACUAGCCCAGAUCUCGGCACCCACCCGCUCGGUCAUGUAUAAGUUAUGGUUCCUUUUAGCUGUGGACUCACUGGCUGACGGCAUGGUUCCGUACUCUAUGACGAAUUAUUACAUGGACAUCACAUUUCAUCCCGAUAAGGCAACAUUGGGUGAUGUCCAGUCUGUCAGUUAUUUUCUCGGCGCCAUUUCUGGCGUUUUUGCGGGUCCCCUUUCCCGCAGGAUCGGACUGAUCAACACCAUGGUCUUCACGCAUAUCCCAUCUUCGGCAGCCGUACUUCUGUUCCCAUUUCCACCUUAUUUUUGGAUGGCUGCAGCACUUCUGUUUGUCCGUGCGGGGCUGAAUAACAUGGACCAGGCACCGCGAACAGCAUUCAUUGCCGCUGUGGUAAAGCCAGAAGAGAGAACAGCAGUCAUGGGCAUCACCACCAUGCUCCGAACAUUGGCCGCAAUGUCCGGGCCUACGUUUACAGGUUUUCUCGCUGCGGGUGAUAAGUUCUGGAUAGCCUUUGUGGUUGCUGGUAGCUGCCGGCUAGCGUAUGAUCUUGGCCUGUAUGCCAUGUUCGUUAACAUGAAGCUGUACCAGCACGAAAGCGACUCGAUAGAUCACACAACCAGUUCUGGCGGGAGGAGGGAACCGGACGAAGAGGAGAUAUUGGAAAUGGCUAGUCUCGACAGUUUCGAAAGUGAUUUCGAGACCGAAGACAAAGUCAAGGCAAAGGAUGAGCAGAAAGAAGCGAGGGGGCAAUUGCAGGUCUCCAAGCACAUUGACACAGUUAGAAGUAGAAGCCCUCAUCGGCCCGGUGGACUAGAUGGCUAG